AUGAAGAAAAGCGAUUGUAAGCGCGCGUACUGGAUGUCGCAGCUGACGUGUGACAAUCCCGAGCCGGCGCUGGUGGGUGUAUCUUGUGGUUUCUCCCGUUGCGACUGCCCCGACCCAAUGGAAGCAUCGAGUAUAGGCAGCACCUCUCUUUUAGUAGCAAUUUGCUCGGUUGUUGGAUUCUUUACCUUCGUUACUCCAUUGUUACUGCAUUUGGUAACUAAAAAAUAUGUGACAGACAUACAUUAUGAUCCUGAAACUUCAACUUACAAGGCAGUUACUUAUAACUUUUUUCUAGUUCCUAAAAAGUUGGAGUUUAAACCAAAUGAUGUAGUUGUUCCUGAUAUUCCUGGAAUGUUCACAACAAUGAAAGCCAAGGGCACUCCAUUGUUUAUAGAAGCUAGGCAUUUUAAUGAUCCAUUGCAUUAUGCGAAAAUUAUGGGCUAUGACAAACCAAUGGACUUUAAACUUGGCAAUGUUGAAGAUUCUGAAAGCAAUGCAAAGAAGGUGCUUUGG